GCAGAGCGUUGCCUGGCCCGCCCUCGGCCCUCCCUCAACUUCGGUCCCAACAGCGACCAGCUGUUUGGCUGGCAGGUCAGUCCGCCCCAGAAGCAGGCCAAUGAGCGCGUCGGCGGCGGGGGGGGCGUGUCCAGAAGGCUCCGUCCCUCCCCCUCGUCACCGCGCCCCUUCCUGGAGGACCCACCUUGGCCUCCGCCUCCUCCUCCCCCCCCUGACCAGAACAAGGGGCGAAGCCUCCGUAGCUGGAGGGCGGACAAAGUUCAGAAGCGGCGGCUUCCGGUGCCCUUUCCGCACUUCCGUCCUUCCCCCUCUGGAGCCCGACCGGUCACGUGUGUGGUGCUGGCCGGGACCUGCGCCGGUCUGGCUGCCUCGCCUCCUCCGUCCUCGAGACCUCAUUCCGUGUCAGAGGUGAAGGUGGGAGCCUCAACCAAGUCCAGGCCGAGGUGGGAAAGCGGCCGUCCCAGCUCUUCCCUAGCCCCUCCCGUGUUGAGUUCGGUCCUUGACUAGACUUAAGUACCCGCAGGGUGUCGGGCACCUGGCCCAGCACUCACUGCUCUGGGAAGGAUUCUGUUAAGUGAUUUACCCAGGAUUCCACCAAUCCGGAAGCAGGAUUUGAACCCGGGUUUUCCUAACCCUCUACCUACUGAACCACCUAACCGCUGUGUGUCACCAACUUAACCUGGCUUCCCUUCUCUGAGUCUCAUCUGUGAAAUGGGAACGAUCCCAGUACCAAGUUCACAGGCGUCUAAAAAUCAAAUGGGGUGACCUUGGAAGUUGGUGUGAAUGCGAAUUGCGCUUACCUUAUUCUUACACCUCAUGACAGGACUGCUAAUGUAGAUGAGGAAACAUCCUAGGAUUUGAUUGAAAUUAUAAAAAGCCUUUUGAAUUCAUGCUGUUCUCGGAAAUACGUGGGGACCAGUGAACUAGACAGCAGUGCAGUGUGGAUGGUUUAAACCUGGUUGGAUGGUGGGUCUCAAAAAGUGGUUAACCACUUUUAAUGACUCAGUGUUAAUGUGUAUUGUUUUUUAGUCAGUGAUGAAUAAGAACCUCAAGAGGUGGGGGCAGCUGGGUAGCUCAGUGGAUUGAGAGCCAGGCCUAGAGAUGGGAGGUCCUGGGUUCAAAUUUGGCCUCAGACACUUCCCAGCUGUGUGACCCUGGGUAAGUCCCUUAACCCCCAUUGCCUAGCCCUUACCACUCUUCUGCCUUGGAGCCAAUACACAGUAUUGACUAAUAGGGAAGGUAAGGGUUUUUAAAAAAUUUAAAAAAACCCCAAAACCUCAGGAGGUGAGUUCCCCUUUCCUGGAGUCUCACUUCGGAGACUUAAUGACCAUUUGCAGAUGAACAUCCUCACUAGGAUGGUCUUUUUGACGAUGGGCUUGGCUAGCUGCUUGUUGAGGCUAUUUCCAGCUAAUAAGUUCUGCAAUUUGUAUUAGAGAACUUUAUAUUUAGUCCUAGAAGGAAACCAGUGGAGUUUACUGAAGAGGACAGAAGUGACAUGGGCAGAGCUGAGCUUUAGGAAAGUUCUUUUGGUGGCUGGAAGAUAGACUGAAGUGGCAGGCAGAUCCUCCCAGGAGCUUUUGUGGUAGUCCAAGGGGGAGGUGGUGAGGGUCUGUACUAGCAGGGGAGCAGUGUUAGAGAAGGGGAUAUAUUGGAGAGACGCUGCAGAGGGUAAAUGGACCAGAGAUGUGCAGGGGAGAAAUGGACCAGAGAUGUGCAGGGGAGAAAUGGACCAGAGGUGCUGCAGAGGGGAAAUGGACCAGAGAUGUGCAGGGGAGAAAUGGACCAGAGGUGUUGCAGGGGGGAAAUGGACCAGAGGUGUUGCAGGGGGGAAAUGGACCAGAGGUGCUGCAGGGGGGAAAUGGACCAGAGGUGCUGCAGGGGGGAAAUGGACCAGAGGUGCUGCAGAGGGGAAAUGGACCAGAAGUGUUGCAGGGGGGAAAUGGACCAGAGGUGUUGCAGGGGGGAAAUGGACCAGAGGUGUUGCAGGGGGGAAAUGGACCAGAGGUGCUGCAGAGGGGAAAUGGAUCAGAGAUGUGCAGAGGGGAAAUGGACCAGAGGUGUUGCAGGGGGGAAAUGGACCAGAGGUGCUGCAGAGGGGAAAUGGACCAGAGGUGUUGCAGGGGGGAAAUGGACCAGAGGUGUUGCAGGGGGGAAAUGGACCAGAGGUGCUGCAGAGGGGAAAUGGACCAGAGGUGCUGCAGAGGGGAAAUGGACCAGAGGUGUUGCAGGGGGGAAAUGGACCAGAGGUGUUGCAGGGGGGAAAUGGACCAGAGGUGCUGCAGAGGGGAAAUGGACCAGAGGUGCUGCAGGGGGGAAAUGGACCAGAGGUGUUGCAGGGGGGAAAUGGACCAGAGGUGCUGCAGAGGGGAAAUGGACCAGAGGUGCUGCAGAGGGGAAAUGGACCAGAGGUGCUGCAGAGGGGAAAUGGACCAGAGGUGUUGCAGGGGGGAAAUGGACCAGAGGUGCUGCAGAGGGGAAAUGGACCAGAGGUGUUGCAGGGGGGAAAUGGACCAGAGGUGCUGCAGAGGGGAAAUGGACCAGAGGUGCUGCAGGGGGGAAAUGGACCAGAGGUGUUGCAGGGGGGAAAUGGACCAGAGGUGCUGCAGGGGGGAAAUGGACCAGAGGUGCUGCAGGGGGGAAAUGGACCAGAGGUGUUGCAGGGGGGAAAUGGACCAGAGGUGUUGCAGGGGGGAAAUGGACCAGAGGUGUUGCAGGGGGGAAAUGGACCAGAGGUGCUGCAGAGGGGAAAUGGACCAGAGGUGCUGCAGAGGGGAAAUGGACCAGAGGUGUUGCAGAGGUGAAAUGGACAGGCCUUGACCAGAGCUUAGAUAUGAGGGAGGAGUUGAGGAAGAUCCUGGGGUUAGGAUCUUACCCUCUGAAAUUGAUGGGGCUGGGGUGGUGGCAGAGACCAUUCAGAAUCACUCCUGUGUCUUCUAAAACAAUCACUCCCCCUCUGUGGUGUUGCCUAGCAUCCAGCCAGUGCCCCCCCCACUUCCCAAAGAGAUAGCCAAGCCAGGGUUAAAGGGAAGAUGAUACUGCAACUUUUAUUUGACGCAGAGGGUUCAAGGCCCCAACCCUGUGAGAGGUUAGAGAAGCAUUGGGCAACCAGCUUCAGACCCCAAAGCACUGAAUGAGCGAGCCCCUUCUAGCAAAGGAACCAUUAACCCUUGUUCCUUUGCACCUGGCUCCCAUUAUUUUUGCUAGCUCGACUUCAAGAGGUUCCCAGCUUCUGCAGAUCCCUUUUCCUUGGUUCCCCUAGGGGAGUUCUAGGGCUUGGGGCCCAGUCAUGCCUUUUCUCCCAUCAGUAGGUAUUUUUCCUUCAAUAUUCUCAGCUCCGUUGGUAACCCAGUGGAGAAGAGGGAAUUGGGGCUGGUUUGGAGAGCCAUUACCAGCUUCUUCCCUCACCUCCUGGCUUGCUUAGAAUCUGCACAAUGAGUCAGCAGAGUUAGGAGCCAGGAUUUUUCAGGAGGGCCCUGGGGGGACCAUAAGUCAAGUGGGUCUCUUGAGUUUACGGGGAGGGGUACUUGAUGGGGAAAAGGAAGAGAGAACUGGGGAAAUUGAAGAGCUCACCAGAAGAGCUCAGCAGGAGGACAUCUUUCAUUGGCCUCAUCUGCCUGCCUGGAAUCUUUCCCCUAACCCCACAGGGAUAAAAAUCUGGGAGUUGGGGGAAGAAAGGAGAGGGAAGACCCUGGUAUCACCGAGGGAUAGUGGUGGGGAUUGGGGGCAGAACCUCAACCUGAUGGGGGUCUGACUGGGGCAGGCUCCUCCAGGCCAACUCCAGUAUGCCAUAGGGAGUGGUACCCAAGGGCAGGACAGUGUGCACUUGGUUUUUCUCUGGCAAGGGCACCACUAGCUGAAAGCCAGCUUGCUCUGGUGGGGGAAACUCAUUGCCACACAGGAUAUGGUAGACAAUCCGCUCCCCAGGGACCAACUCGGUGACCUUCAAGGCUUUCUUGUAGACACUUUGCUGAAUGGGGUGAGCUUUCCGGAGCAAGAGGUCCUGUAGCAGAUUCCUCAUCCCAGGAGACUUAAUUUUGUAGAGAUCAAAAACUUGGCAGACCUGAUCCGUCAGUUUGGAACUUGCGCUUUCAUCCUGCUGCUGGAGUGCCAGGAUGACAUGAUAGAGUGCUAGGAAGGUCUCCCACUGCAUCCCCUUCUUUUCAUGGGUCUUCAGCAGAGAGGUCAAGGGGCCUCCUGGCCUCUGAGGCCUUGCUGCACUGGGCAGGGGGCUUCCCGGCCUCUGAGGCCUUGCUGCACUGGGCAGGGGGCUUCCCGGCCUCUGAGGCCUUGCUGCACUGGGCAAGGGGGCUCCAGGCCUCUGAGGCCUUGCUGCACUGGGCAGGGGGGCUCCCGGCCUCUGAGGCCUUACUGCAGGGCGUGGGGAUACUUCCUUUGUCACCUUCUUGGCGAGCUUUUGGUCCAUUAUUCUAGACUUCCAGACAUUAAUAUUUUCCUGGAGCCUCAAGAUCUCAAACAUCUUUUCUGAGUAAACAGGAGAAAUCUUAGCCAGGUCUUGAAAGAUUGGUUCAAGGAGCUGUGGUUUGGUGCUAGCCGUACCUGAGGUAACUAGCUGGUUGAGGACUUCCUGGAUCUUGGAUGUUCGUCGGCUUUGUCUCCCUGUGGGCCCAACUAGGGCUGAGAAAUCCUUCCCUAGAUGUGGUUUGUAGAGAAAAGGUAACUGACCUGGAAAUUCCCCUCUUCGGCCUUCCAGUGGUGAGAUGGCUUCCUCUCUGGAUGGAACUGAUGGACGAGGAAGAGGAGGAGGAAGAUGAGGAGGAGGAGGAGGAGGAAGAGACUCUGGGCUGCCCCGUCGGGUGGCAGUAGACUCCAACUUCUCCAUCUGGACCCAAUCCUUCUGCCUGACUGGGGCUGUCUGCUCCAGCACGUCAUGAAGGCUCUCCAGGAGUGAUGGCUCUUGUGUUACCUGGGUCUUCUGGGAGGAGCACUCUUAAGUCAUAGCUCCCUAAAGUACUACAUCAGAAGAAGCCACCCUCUUGGAAUCAGCACAUCCUCAUUAGACCCUUCUGAGGUCGCCAAGUCAGCUCUUACCCUUUCCAGAUCAAAAGGCUGGUGUUGGAAAGGAUGCCAGUCCUUAUUCCCACCACAUAUACAGAUGUCUAAGUGGAUCCAAACCGGAGGGGGCAGGAAUGUUUGCUGGAACCUUCAGAGGGCACCUAGUAUAACGUCUGCCUGACCAAGACCAUCCCACCCCCCUUUUCUCAGAUAAAAGAUCAUCCCACUUCUGUUCUGAUCACCCAGUCUCAUACUGCAGUUAUCUCCAGCUUGAUCUUCAGCUUCUGUUGGCACCUUCCACUCAGUGAUGACCAUUCUCACACACCUGGUCCCACCCUAUACAUCCCAGUGAUUCUGAACCCCUAGAGAUCACUGUCCAAAUCCCCUUCUCCCAUCCCCCAAUGAUUCCCCAUGACCACCCCCUACCACCCCAAGUUCCAACCUAACUCCACUCAGCCCUUCCCCUGUGCCCUCUGUCCCAUAGGCAACAACCUUCACUUCAUCUUAAAUCUAUUCCAUUCCCACUCUUUCCAUUUCCUAUGGACUGACACCUGGCCCCCUCCACCCCCCCCCCAUGACACCUCUUUCCUGGACACUCUCUUCACUCCUGGCUGCCCCUUCAUUCACCCUCCUUGGCUCACUAGCUCAGGUGGGGAAGCUGGAAUCUUCCUUGCUCCGCAGUGAGACUUCCAAGUUCUUCCCGACUCCUCAAUCAUGAAGUCACCUCUUUCUUUGAGGUUUACGCUGUUCAUAUCUCCACCCAACCAAAAUCCUGGUAGCUGCUGUCUAAAAACCCCCUCCGUCACUGCCCUUCUUUUUCCAAUGAGUUUCGUCCCUGGCUCACAAUAUUUCUCUCUCCCCCAACAUACAUACUGACUCUCCCUCAAAUACCCUAACCACUCAGUCCCUCGGUGUACACACAUACACAGAUGAUUACACCCUGGACCUUGCCACCACCCACAAAUAGAACACGUUCAUCUUCAAGCUGGAAGGGUUCUUCAAGAUCAGAUCAAGCCCUCAGGAACUAUAGGAAUAUCAUGGUAAAACACUUUUUAUACAAAAUCAAGUUUAAAGAAUUGAAAAAAUAGAAAUUAUUUAUGGGUGGGCCAAGCCAAUAUAAUAAAAAUACCAAUUCUACCCAAA